GGAGCAAUUCGCUUCGUGAAACAACGUGGCUUAAUUGAUUGUUAGUAAAACUUUAUUGGUUUUGACUGGCUUGAGUCGCAAUGGACGCCGACUGUGAUUUGGCCGAAGAUUUUGGUCUGGUUUUCAGCCUCUCACUUCACUCUGUUGCAGACUGUCCAAGUCUUCUGUGUGAGGAACUGGUGGAUUUGCAAACAAAGAAUGGCCAAGGGAGUAUGAGAAGGAGGAGGAGGAGGAGAGAAGGAGAGGAGGACGUGUUUAAUCAGAGUGAAGAUGAAGAGGCAGAAAGAAAGUUAUUGUUAUUGAAAGUUGUUGUAUCAGAAGAGGAACUGAUGGCGACAGAUGGAGAAGAGGAGGAGCAGGUGAAGCCAGAGAGUAGGCUGGGGACGGAGGAGGCACGGGAGGUGCAGAAGGGAACAAUGGCUGAUAAGCAAGAGGACAAAGACACUAAAAGUCUAGAAGAGAAAGAUGUGAAAAAAAAGAGUAGGAAGAGGCGAGGUAAAAAGUUAAGUGAGCGAGUGAGAAACAGGAAAGCUUUAAAAGAUGCUGGUGAGCGGUUUGAGGAGGACAAGAAGAGUCAGAUACAGGAGGCUUCAGUGAUGAGCUCAGAGGAGAGCCUGGCUCUGUCGGUGCCUCCCAUUGGACUGAUGAACAGCUGCGACUUGUCUGAUCCAGUCUACCUGUGUAGUGGGGAGACAGGGCUGUAUUGCCCUCCAGCCCCCAUUCCCCUGUUGUACUCCUCACAACCUCCGGUCCCGUUCCAAGCUGCACCUCCUCAGCCCCACGGGACAAAAAGGCCAUACAGCCCCCUUCUACCUCACAGUCUCCCCCACCAGGGUCCACAGCCUCUCGAGAUGGAGAUAACCCAGGUCUACUCCACCCGACGUUCCAUCCGCUACUGCGGCAGGGGUCGAGGCCGGGCCCUGAGCUUCCCUCUGCUGCCGGGAUUAGAGACGGUGGACAGCUACCUGCUCCCGCCUGCACCGAAGAAGAAAACACGAACACUCUACAGUACUGAUCAGUUAGAGCAUUUAGAGGCCUUGUUCCAGGAGGACCACUAUCCUGACGCAGAGAAGAGGAAAGUCAUCGCUGCUUCAGUUGGUGUCACACCUCAAAGAAUUAUGGUCUGGUUUCAGAACCGCAGGGCUAAGUGGAGGAAGGUGGAGCGCUCCAUCACAGCAAAGGUUGAACACAGAACGGGUAGAGCUGAAUGCAGCAGCAGCUCCCCACAUCACCAACUCAAUUGUACACUGGCAACCAACAGUAAGGGACCUCCCGCUUUUACUGGGCACUUUGCCACCCAGAUGCCCCAGCUAACCCCUGUGGCACCUUCCUACCCGACCCUUUCCAACCAGACUCCGCCCUCGUACGACAACCUGCUGGCCAGCCUCAGCAGCCCAGGUCAAUCCAGAAUGAAAGAUGGGGACCAGCACCAGCUUUCAUCUCAGGGGGGAUUGCCAGAGUACCACCCCCGCCCCAUGCAUAGCCCUCCCCCCCUGCGGCGAGCCAGUCUCCCCCUUUUCACAACGACCUACAACCCUACCAACCCUACUCCACCUCUCCUUAACACCCUGGCUCACACCCCACCUCUGUUCCUGGAUGCUCUGGAGGGUGGCUCCUCCUUGGCCCAUCGUGAGACCCAGUCUCUGCAGACUGAUACCAGUUCUCUGUUUGACUUUGGGGAGAAGCUUGACUAUCUGACCUCAAGCCAGCAGAACAACGCUCUCUCCUACCAGCUCCAGACCUACCCAACCGGCCAGCCGCAGCACCAGCCUCAAGCACCUCUGCCCCGCAUGGCCUACCUCACCCCCUCCCCCUACCUCACCCCUAACCCUCCAGAUUCCAACCCUACUUCCUACCUGACCUUUGGCCCUGGAGGAAACUCCACUGGGAUGGUGACCUACUCUACUGGAGGCCCCAACUACUUCCAGUCCCAGAGUGCAGGACAGAUCCUGCUGCAGUCGGCCGGUCAUCAUGGUGGGAUCACAGCAUACCAGUCGUACCCAUGGGGUAGCAUGUACACUCAACCAACCAUCCACCAGCGUGCUCAGUGCCCUCCAACUUACCCCACCAGCAUGGGAGGUGCUCGAGAUCACCAGCAGCCCUCCUCUACCACCACCGUGCCUACCCCUUCAUUCUUCACCCGGGGGGACCACGGGCCCUCGCAUGCAAACUCCCAGUGCACGUCACACACCCAUACACACACCAGCAGCAGCAGCAGCACCACUGUCCUUCCUCCUGUUUCUUCUCUGCGUCCCUCUUGCCUCAGAGCGGAGAGUACUCCAACCAAGGCUAUGUCUCUGCUGCCUUCUCAAGUCAGCCCUGCUUCUCCAGAAAGCCCUCCAGUGCCCCCUUGUGUUAAGAUAGAGUAUGACAGCCCUCGAGAGAUUCACAGCCACUUCCACUGCGACUUCUCCCCCAUACAUUUUUGACUAUAUGCUUGUUCAUGUGAGAGAGUGCGUGUGUUUGACGUAUCAGUGUAAAUAUAUCCUGUUUAAGUGUGAGUGUUUCUGUAUUUUCCAUGUGUAUUACUAUUUUAGAAUUUUCUCAGUAGACAUAUUAGCAGAUGUAUGUUAGACUCGGUUGGGCUGCAUUUAGCUUGGCUGCAAUAAAUGGUCCAUUGCUCUGUUGCUUUCUGA